AUGGAAACCAUCCUCCCACCGCUUGACAUACAGCUCAGUAAUGGCAUAUGGAAGCAGUCAUUGUCGCAUUCUACCGAGAACCGUCGGAUGCAUUUGCGCAGCUUUUUUCCCUUAGGGUCAAUGGCACCUACCUCUAUACCUAGCAAUACAGAGUGGUCACCACGCUUCGUGGGCAUGAGGGACGUGCUUAGCUUGCAGGUGUCACCACUAAAGGAGAAACGUUACGUGCGUCUGCCAUCCAUUGACAUCAUGAUCAACCGGGACCCCAGUCCAAAAAGUCUUAUUCCCAUGCAGACGUACUGUAUGGACUUUCAUAAACAGCACCAGGACACUAAGACGGUCUCGCUACGUCAGUCUGAGCUCAGAAGUCUGAUGUGCGAGCAGCAGACCCCGGCGCUCAGCUGCUGUAUCAACACUGACAAGGUCAAACGAAGCAGUAAUGCCAAGCUCUGUGGUAUGGUUGAGUGCAAGAAACGUGCCAAGGCUGGCGGCUUUUGUAUCGCCCAUGGCGGUGGUCUACGUUGUUCGGAAGUGAGUUGCACCAAGCACGCAGUGAGUCUCGGACUGUGCAUCAGUCACGGUGGAGGUAAACGCUGUAAUGUGGAAGGAUGUCUCAAUGCAUCUCGUAAGAAUGGUGUGUGCUGGAGCCAUGGCGGUAAACGUCUAUGCAAGAUCGAGGGGUGCAAUAAAGGCCCCAAGUCUGGUGGUUAUUGUUGGCGUCACGGUAGCAAGAUGAAGCUAUAA